AUGCCCUACACACCGUCUGGCUUUUUCUGCGACCGGCUGAUCCGGGAACGAGAGAGGAGGGACGGGGAAGGGGCCCUGACCAAGCCGCUCCGCUUCAACAGCCAGGACUACAGCGCCCUGAGGCAGGAGUGCAUUCAGAGGAAGAACCCGUUCGAGGAUGAGUCCUUCCCGGCCACCGUGGAGUCCCUGGGCUUCAAAGAGCUCGGGCACAAGUCCAACAAGGUCAAGAACAUCGUCUGGAAGAGGCCCAAGGAAAUCUGUGAGAACCCUCAGUUCAUUGUCGGAGGCGCCAGCCGGACGGACAUCUGCCAGGGAGAUCUGGGUGACUGCUGGUUGCUGGCGGCCAUCGCCUGUCUCACCCUGAACGAGAAGCUUCUGUACCGAGUUGUUCCCGCGGAGCAAAGCUUCUCUGAGGGCUACGCCGGCAUCUUCCACUUCCAGUUCUGGCGCUAUGGCGACUGGGUCGAUGUGGUCAUUGACGACCGCAUCCCGACCUUCAACAACCAGCUCGUCUUCACCAAGUCGGCCGAGAGGAACGAGUUCUGGAGCGCGCUGCUGGAGAAGGCCUACGCCAAACUUCACGGCUCCUACGAGGCCCUGAAGGGAGGAAACACCACCGAGGCCAUGGAGGACUUCACCGGGGGAGUCACAGAGUUCUACGAGAUGAAGGAAGCUCCUAAAGAGCUCUACAAGAUCAUGAAGAAGGCUCUGGAGAGAGGCUCCCUGAUGGGCUGCUCCAUCGAUUCCCUGGUUCCUGCUCGCUUCGAGACUCGGACUGUGACGGGACUCGUGAAGGGUCACGCCUACUCUGUGACGGCGGUGGAGGAGUGUAAAUCGUCUCAGCACAAGGACGCUAAAGUCCGUCUGGUGCGUCUCAGGAACCCGUGGGGCCAAGUGGAGUGGAACGGCCCCUGGAGCGACAACUCUAAGGAGUGGGCCACACUGUCUAAGACUGAGAAAGAGAAGCUGCAGCACCAGAGCGCCGAGGAUGGAGAGUUCUGGAUGUCAUUCGAGGAUUUCAAGAAGAACUACACCAAGAUUGAGAUCUGCAACCUCACCCCCAACGCCCUGGAGGACGAUAAGAUCCACAAGUGGACGGUUUCUGUGAACGAGGGCCGCUGGGUGAGAGGCUGCUCCGCCGGAGGCUGCAGGAACUAUCCAGACACUUUCUGGACCAACCCUCAGUACCGCCUGCGUCUGCUGGAGGAGGACGACGACCCCGAGGACAACGAGGUGGGCUGCACCUUCGUGGUGGCUCUGAUGCAGAAGAACAGGCGGAAAGAGAGAAAGAUGGGCGCCAACCUCUUCACCAUCGGAUUCGCCAUUUAUGAGGUGCCAAAGGAGAUGCAUGGCAACAAGCAGCACAUGCAGAAGGACUUCUUCCUCUUCAACUCCUCCAAGGCGCGCUGCAAGUCCUACAUCAACCUGCGGGAGGUGACCCAGCGCUUCCGCCUGACUCCCGGGGAGUACGUCAUCGUGCCCUCCACCUACGAGCCGCACCAGGAGGGCGAGUUCAUCCUGCGCGUCUUCUCCGAGAAGAAGAACACCUCAGAGGAGAUAGAGAACAGGAUCGAGGCGGACCAUCCAGUGGUGAGUCCAAAUGAGAUUUUCACGGAUCUCCACAUGUUCUUCCCUUCACGUCUCAUUUGUGUCUCUCUGCUCUGUGGCUCCACGACGCCUCAGCCGGCACCGGCCUCGGCGGGGGAGGAGAGCGAGGAGGAUCAGCAGUUCCGGACUAUUUUUCAGGAGAUAGCUGGAGAUGAUAUGGAAAUAACAGCCAACGAACUGAAAAACGUUCUCAACAAAGUGAUCACCAAACAUAAGGACCUGAACACAGAGGGCUUCAGCCUGGAGAGCUGCAGGAGCAUGAUUGCUCUGAUGGACAUGGACGGGACCGGUCGACUCAACCUGCAGGAGUUCAGACAUCUGUGGAAUAAGAUCAAACAGUGGCAGGGAAUCUUUAAACAUUACAACGCGGAUCAGACCGGCAGCAUCAACAGCUACGAGAUGAGGAACGCCGUCAACGACGCAGGCUUCCGUCUCAACAACCAGCUGUACGACAUCAUCACCAUGCGCUACGCCAACGAGAGCAUGAACAUCGACUUCGACAGCUUCAUCAGCUGCCUGGUGCGGCUCGAGGCCAUGUUCAGGGCGUUUCAGGCCUUUGACCAGGACGGAGAUGGGACCAUCAGACUCAGUGUGCUGGAGUGGCUCCAGUUGACCAUGUACGCCUAG